AAAAGAAGCAGGGAAAGGGAAGGAGGGAGAGAGAAGGAAGGGAUAGAGAGGGACAGGCAGAGUGAGGGAUAGAAGAGGAAGAGGAAGAGUGAAGGAGGGAUAGGCAGGAGGAAGAAAGAGAGAGACGUGAGGAAGCCAAGGAGAGCUACUGGAUGCAUAACAUUAUCUCCUCUUCUUCUCUGACAGUGCAGAGAAAGUUAUGGCCGAAAACAACACCAAUCUCUUUCUGGAAAUACUUCAGUCAUUUGAUGUUGUCUCCCUGAUCAUAGCUUUCUGUGUGUCCAUUGCGGUGGGAAUCCUAUUGGGGGUGCUGGUCUAUGUUGUCCUGACCUGGAUGUCCCGUCGCAGGGCCGGCUCGGGCAGUAUCACCCGCCGGCCACCAUGCCCGUCCCGCACCUCCCCGCGCACCCGGCCUGGCUUCAAUCGCAACAGCAGCUACGACCGGCGGAGCAACAACAGCCUGGUUAGCGCUGCCUUCAGUUUCCACCGCCAGGCCUCCUCCCCAGACCAGGCUGACCCUUUGGGUCGCAAACCCAGCUUCAGGGCGUCCACCUUUCACCCACUCCUCCAGUGCAGCCAGAUCGCCCGGGAAGCUGAGGAGGGGAGCCAGACCACGUUGCCUCGCACUCCAACCCUGACCACUUCAGCUGGGUCAGCCCACCAAACCGCAGCCCAGGCUGCUGUCACCCCACCCAGGCCCGAGUUGUUCUGGAGCAGUAGUAGUCUGAGGGGGUUCCAUGCCACACAGACCCCACCUCCUGCUUAUGAGAGCAUUAUAAGGGCCUACCAGGAGACCUGCACCUGAGGAGGGGAUGGAUGUGUCCAGCCUGAUAGUGGACUGACUGAGCCCAGGGUUGUCAAUGGGAUUUUAGAACAACUGGAUGUUUGACUUGAGGGGAAAAUAAAUAGCCCUAAUGCUAAUAUAUGUUUCUAUGUGUGUGUGUGUGUGUGUGUGUGUGUGUGUGUGUGUGUGUGUGUGUGUGUGUGUGUGUGUGUGUGUGUGUGUGUGUGUGUGUGUGUGUGUGUGUGUGUGUGUGUGUGUGUGUGUGUGUGUGUGUGUGUGUGUGUGGUGAGCAAGAAAGAGAUGUUUAUUUUCAGAUGAGACAGAGUAUUUGUUGUACAUGUGUGAAUGUGUGUGUGUGAAUGUGUGUGUGUCUAAUGAGAUUUAUAAGAUUGAGAACUCAUGUUGAUUUCCAUCAUGUACCAACCCAAUCCACCCAUGUAACUGGACUACUUUCUAUUUGUGAGCUUGGACAUGCAAAACUAUAUCAAAAAACAAUGUUUGCAUGAAACAAUGAGGGUUCCUCUCCAAGGUAAUCUGCAAAAUGUGUGUAUGAUUGUCAUGGAUCUGAUUUAUAAAAUGGUCACUGUUUCGGUUGGAAUUUACUGGACACAGAUCAUAAUUUAACACAAUAAAAUGCUGAAAGAAAUGGUAACGGGCUGUGUUCUGAG